CUGGCAUAAAAUAGGGCGAGUGGCUGCCCAGGAUCGCACAAAAUUUUUCUCUCAAUUGAAUAAGAGACCUAAACUUCACGGGACCUGAGACCACCGUCCACCGAAUUUUUGAAUGCUCAACACCAAAACUUUCCUUUGUCUAGUCCAAUUAUACAGGCCAUGAGGAUAUCAAAUGAGGCUGAUGCCGGUUCGGAUAACAAUACUAGUGACAAAAGCGCACAACAAGAAGCUCCCCUAAAAAGCGUCAACCAGACGGAACUUGUGCUUCAGUCACUUGUGAAGAAGCCUGAAACUGGGCCGAGAAAUGCCCGGAAGAAUAGAUGGCGCAAAGUCACGUCUCUAAAGACCACGCUUCAGCAAAUUCAAUGGCCAGCAUACCCAAGAAAGGAAGGGUUUGAUGAUAUAGAAUUGCUUAUGAACAGGGCACCUGGAUCAGCUUGGCUUGCUACUGUCCACCACUUGCUGGCGAUAGCAUCAGCAAUAAUCAUUGUCGUUCUAAAUGCGGCUGGGUUGUGGGUAGGCAAAGAGCUCACCGGGACAAGCGGCCAGGAUACGGAGAAGCUACUUGCAUUACAAUUCGCCGCAAAAUUACACGAACUAUUGAUGCUUUCAUCCUUGGGGAAAAUAUUGUUCUCAGAGACCGUCAAGCAACUGGUCUUCGGCGACGGAUUACCGUUUGGUUCUAUCGCCGUCGGACUUCAGUUUAACCAAAUCUCCUAUCUCUGGUCGAAAGAAUUCUGGGCUACGUCUCGUGCUACGUUUGAACGGAAAAAUCUUAUCAUCCCAGCAAUUAUCAUAUGUACUCUUCUCGGAGUGAGCAUCGGGCCAUCUUCGGCGACCGCAAUGAAACCUACGUUAGGUGACUGGCCAGCAGGCGAAACCUCCUUCUGCCUAAAUGCGACCGCCGAGGAGUUGUGGCCUUCGACUCUGUCAUUGACAGAUAACAAAACUUGUACCCAUUCACCGAAGACAUGCGGCAGUUUGAGUGUUUGGACCUCUCUUGCCGAUAAUUUCUUCAAGUACUGGGGACAUGAGGCCCUUGGAAGUAUCCGCGCAAUGCCGGAGAGCGUCCAGAUCCCAGGUGAAGUCUCUAUCAGAACACUAAAUGCGCGGUUCCGAGGUCCUUUUACACUCUAUCAACCAGAGAUUACGACUGCAACUGUACAACCUGAUGCGAUUGCCAACGUGGUGAAUACGAUCCGGCAGAUCUGGCUCAGGGCGAAUGGCGCUCGAUGUUAUUCUGCAGGAGGCGGCAUCAGGGAACAGAAUUUUUGCACAUACCAGGACAUCACUUGGUCGGUUGAUGCGCUCCAACCUGCAGUCUAUGUUGCUUGUAAUGGUGGAAGUUCUGCAGUUGCACCCAAAUUCCCAACGCUUGCGAGCGAGACAGACCAACCUAGUCUGGUUGAGUAUGCGGUGAACUUAAAUAAUGACAGCCUUGGGUCAGCUACAUCACCUAUCACAUGGGUUGAUCUAUCCGAUCUGAACCUGGUACGCGCAUCUGUUGGUGCCGUAAUCAUGCCCAUUGAUGAGCAGUCCCUAGGCAGAACCACUUAUGCCUGCACUAUUGAUGCGCGAUGGGCAAAUGUGACUAUCAAGUCGUCUUUUCUUGGGCUCCCGUAUAUUGUUAACGGCGAGCCAAUCAACUGGUACCAGCCACAGGAUGAAUCUCCCAGUCGGUAUCGUGGCCGCCACGUGAGCAUUAGCCCAGCGUGGGCCUCGCUCGCCAACCCGGCUCUCGUCACAGCACAGAACACAUCCUCUAGCCCAUUUGACAUCCUGUUAGCCGCAACGAGUUUGUCUAAUGGAGAAAGCCAGUACAUGGCAGAGAAAAUCGAAGCCAUUCUUGCAGUUCUUCUGGCAGAUCGUAUGGCUCGUGUUAGUGCCGAUAAAACCCUCCAAGGCAAUAUCACCAAUAUCAAUCAAGUGCUGCAAAUAAGUGGCGGACAACUCUUUACAGCAUCUCCUUCGGACUUGCAAUACCACCGCUUAACGUUUCAAACCGCUGUCACAGGCUUCGCCUACGGCCUUCGCAGAACGACAGGCAUCAUUCCUUCAACACUGGUUUCAAUGAUCAUCCUCCUAUGCUAUAUCGUGAUUGCAGUGACUUAUGUUCUCUAUACGCUUUGCAUCUCAGGUGUAUUCAUCUCACAGUGGGAGAAUGUGCUAGAUCUGGUUGCACUUGCUUUCCACUCAAACGUUACACAUAUACCAUCGAUGCAUGAUACAAGCACGGGUAUUAAAACAAUUAAACCCCUGAAGACUUUAGUUGUACUCAGGCAGGCAGAUAGCCAUAUUGAGAUGGUUUUUGAUGAUGAAGGGAGACUCUCGGGAAAACAUGAGGAACGUCGGAUAAGUGUUACUAGCAUGCCAAACCCACGCUUCAGGGGUGUACGGCACCAUUCUGUUUAG